ACUUGGCCCAUUUUUGUCGUUCGACAACCAGUGGCAGUGUGGCAGUGCUUCCGAACACAGAAAUCAAUUUCAAUUUCUUUCUUGCAGUCCUAUCAUUGCUUAGCUACAACCAUGAGUGCUCUGCCAUUGGACUUCAGGCAUCCGGAACCCACGGUCGUCAGUGCAUACGAAAGGUGCCGCAUAGUUGAGAAGAACAUCAUGCGCCAGAUUGACGAGACCGCCCUCGAAAGCGAACUGAAACUCCUGAAUAAGUACUUGGUGGACGUACGGAUUCUAGGGUACCUAUUGACCUUCGGCCCUACUAUUGAAGCGAUCUCCCAUGUUGCUGAUACGACCAUUUGCUGCGAAGACGACGAUGCUGUGGUGAAACAAGGCAAUUUCUUCGACAGAUACCUCCUCCGCACAUUCAGAAAGAAGGAAGUUCGAACACCUUCUAUGUCACUAGAUUCCUCCAGACCUCCGUUCAACAAUAUCCAAGAAAUGAUAAAGGAGGACUUGAUUGAACGUCCAAUGAAUCAUUCGCAGGCGAAAAAAAGCGCUCUGAUUCGUGACAAUUUUCGAUGUGUAUUAUCUGGAGCGGUUGACAUGUUCUCCUAUUUGGAAAACGAGGAGAUCGAAGCCCAAGUGCACGCCCAAUCGUUGAUAGUUCAGGAGACACAGUGUAGCCACAUCUUCUUUCAGUCCACUGACAUUUCCCUCUCUGAAGACGCCAAGGUGUCUUUCAAAAACUUCUCAUCGCUAACUUGGACCAUCAUUCAGCACUUUGGUUACUCAGAAACCCAACAUGAACUUUCUGGCAACAGCGUACACUCCCUGACAAACAUCCUUACAUUCGAGAGCGGUCUACACACAUUAUUUGAUACUCUCAAGCUCUGGUUAGAACCUACGGAAAUUCCCAAUCGCUAUAAAGUCGGAACAUCCGUCCCCAAGCUCAUUUUCGAACUCAAGAAACUCCCCGCCUUCGUCGAGUUCACGUCUACUGAUAGUCGCUUGAAGCUGCCGUCGACCGAAUAUUUGCGCCUGCACGCCGCAUGCUGCCAAGUUGCACAUAUGUCAGGAGCGGCGGACUACUUGGAAGAGAUGGACAAAGAUAAACAGGAGCUUAAUUAUCUGGCUCCAGGUGGAGGGUCAGCAGGUAUGCUGGUCGCACUUCUCCAUGAUAUCAGUUGUCUGCAGGUAUCCAUCGCAAGGACUCAUUCAUCCGGAGACUGGUCACUAUCGUGAACGAUAUGGAUUAUUAGUCGAAAAUCGAGAAGUACACUAUCGGAAUCGGCUCUCAAGACAAAAUCAAUCAUUCAUGAUCUCGUACAGCAAGAC